CGGGGGGGUCGGUGCUGUGCCGGUGGCAGGGGCUGGGCUGUGGCCGGGUGCCCUGGGUCAGGCUGCAGCACAAGAUCCCGCACUGGGACCCCAGGCACGGCUCCUGAGCCAGCAAUGGGAGUGUUGAGCUGCUGGAGAGAACCAGAGCCGGACUCAGGGGCUGAGGCUGGUGCUUUCGUGCUCCAGAAAGCCCUGGCCAGGCUCUGUGGCAGAGGGAUCAGUCCCCUGUGGCCACCUCUGCCCAUCCCACCUCCUCACCUCACACAAGGCAGACACCUAACUACAUGUGUGUUCAGCUUUGCCAUCCCCUGGUUCUGCUUUUCAUGGCAGCAGAGCAAAAGCCAUUGAGCCCAGCAGCCAGGAAGUUGUAGGAGCUGUCCCUGCCUGAGAUGGUGGGGAGUUAAUCAUCCCAUGCUGUCAGUUGUGAGGCAAAAGAGUUAAGGACAGGGCCAGCCUGAUGAGGGAUUUGUCGUUGGCAGCGCUGAGCUCACGGGUUCCUGUAACAGGCUGGGACCUUGUUGGCUGAGUCCACUUUGUCUGGGCUGCAGCAGAGGUAGGGGGGUGUUGGACAGGGGGUUGUGGUGUGCAGGGAGGAUGAGAGGCUUUGUGUGCUCUCUGUACAGCCCCCUACACUUCAAGGAAGAAAACCUGCAAAUCUGUGCAGAGCCCAUGUUUUAACCCUCAGGAGUCACCUGGCUCAGACUCUGUGUGUUGGGUAUUGCCUAGUUACAUACCAGGUUACUCAGGAGGAGCUUAAGCUUUAGCAGCUGGGAAGGAAACAAAAGCAGUGUUUGUGUGGGAAGUGCUGCCCUGGCAGUGUGAGAGGCUGCUGAGCUGUAGCAGCGGCCUGAGCUGGGUUGUCGCCUCUCCCUGGUGUGUGGCACUGUCAGAAAGAGCACAAAGGAAGAGAUGUCAGGAGAAAGCGUGGUGAGCUCAGCGGUGCCGGCGGCUGCGACUCGCACAACCUCCUUCAAAGGGACCAGCCCCAGCUCCAAAUAUGUCAAACUGAACAUUGGAGGGGCCCUCUACUACACCACCAUGCAGACCCUGACCAAGCAGGACACCAUGCUCAAGGCCAUGUUUAGUGGCCGAAUGGAAGUGCUCACCGACAGCGAAGGCUGGAUCCUCAUCGACCGCUGUGGAAAACAUUUUGGGACCAUCCUGAACUACCUGCGGGACGGGGCGGUGCCGCUGCCCGAGAGCCGCAGGGAGAUCGAGGAGCUGCUGGCUGAGGCAAAGUACUACCUGGUGCAGGGGCUGGUGGAUGAGUGCCAGGCAGCCUUGCAGCAGAACAAAGAUGCAUAUGAACCCUUCUGCAAGGUACCUGUCAUCACAUCUUCCAAAGAAGAGCAGAAGCUUAUAGCCACUUCCAACAAGCCAGCAGUGAAGUUGCUGUAUAACAGGAGCAACAACAAAUACUCCUACACCAGCAACUCUGAUGACAACAUGCUGAAGAACAUUGAGCUCUUUGAUAAGCUGUCCCUGAGGUUCAAUGGGAGGGUGCUCUUCAUAAAAGAUGUGAUUGGAGACGAGAUCUGCUGCUGGUCUUUCUACGGGCAGGGCCGGAAGAUCGCCGAAGUCUGUUGCACGUCCAUUGUGUAUGCCACUGAGAAAAAACAGACAAAGGUGGAGUUCCCGGAAGCCCGGAUUUACGAGGAGACGCUGAACAUUCUGCUGUACGAGGCCCAGGACGGGAGAGGCCCCGACAACGCGCUGCUGGAGGCCACGGGGGGCGCCGCCGGCCGCUCCCACCACCUGGAGGAGGACGAGGAGCGGGAGCGCAUCGAGCGCGUGCGCAGGAUCCACAUCAAGCGCCCCGACGACAGAGCCCACCUGCACCAGUGAGCCCGGCGGGGCUGCCCUGCUGCUGCCCCCUGCCCGCAGCACGGCCCCUGCCCGCAGCACGGCCCCUGCCCGCAGCACGGCCCAGCACGGCCGUCUCCUCCCCAGCACAGCCUGUGCGGCGCCUCUUGUAAUAAACGAGAUCAUCUGGGGUCUGUAAGUCGGGAGUUGAGGGGAAGGGAGGCUCCUGGGAGCAGGGUGAAUGCUGUAAAGGGCCUGGAUUUGUAGCACCCUUGUCUUUGCUCCUUUGUGGCUAGAGAGGAAGAGGCCUGGCUUCCUUGGGCUUCACUAGUUGUCCUGCACUUUAAACCAAACACAAAGGUGAGAAGGGUCAGGCAGCCACCCGCCUUCCCCCUGGGCACCGCUGCUCUGCCUCCUGCCCCCGACCCCUGGGCACCCCAGUGCUGGAGGGACUGCACAGCUCCUGUCCUCACAGGCCUGUGGGCAGUGGGGUUGGCAGCCCCAAGGUGCCUCAGCCUGACUUCCAGAGGACAGGAGGUGCCUGUGCUCCUGCAGUGCUGGGGGGCAGAGGGAGCCCUGGGGCAGUGGGACCCUCUCCCCCAAGGGCUCAGCAGAGCUUCUGCAGCACCCAGCUGUGGAGACUCCUGCUUUACCCCUGCAGUUUAAGGGUAGAAGGUGUUAAAAUUCCUCCAAAAGGGAGGGCCAGGAGUAAAUUGUGUGGUUGCUGUUCCCUGGGGUGGUGUUGGUGCCAGCCAGGGCUCAGAGCCUCUGCCUGAGCCCUCUCAGCAGGGAGGGACCGGGCAGAGCCUCUCUCUGUGGAGCAGCAGCCACUGGUGCAGGGGAAGCACAGGCCAGGGUGGGCAGGGAAGGGCAGCCCUGGGACUGAUACAGGGGCAGGGUCUUGCUUUGAGUGAGGGCAGCACAAGUAGCAGAGGGAAGAGGCGUAGCCAGCGGCCCAGCGAGGGGUGGGCUGUGUUCCCAGCCUUGGCAGCGAGGGCAGCUGUGUGUGAGGGGCAGAGCUGAAGCCUUGUGGAGAGGUGACCUCUCUGCUCUGGGUUUUCUAGGAGUACUUUUCUAUUAUAAAUGAAUAUUUUAUCUACCUCCUUGUUGCUUGUUGCCUGUUGUGGAGUCGAGUGACAAUGAGAGUGGGAGAUGUGUGUUACUGAGCUGGAUGCUGCAGGAGCAGAGCCACAGCUAAUGGUCACUGUAACAAAGCCUGAGAGGGACAGCAACCUCCUGUAGGAAGCCUUAACCUGGCACUGGGGCAGGCACCAGGACACUCAGGCCUUGGCUGGAGGGUUUUGACCCUUCAUCUGGAAUAUCCAGCACUGGCCUUAAUGGCCAAUAUCUCCUACACAGUAGCUCCAUGUCCUGGGCCUCAGGGAGGUGUUUGCUUUUACCUGACUCCCUGCUGCAAGGACUCCUCCUCCUGGCCCUGGGCUGCUCCUGCUGUGGUCACACUUUAAAAACCAAAGGUGUUGUCAGUGUCACAGCCCCGUUACUGUGCUGCUUCUGCCUCCCAGCACAGGCACAGCCCAGCCUGCACACACAGCCUGCCUGGCAGGGCUCAGGAAGUGGAAUCAGAGUCAGGCUGAGGUCAUCUUACCAGUAACCAAAGACUUUCCUGAGUGGGAGGCAGCUGGUGCCUGUGGCAGAUGUGUUUGUACCUGUCUCCUCUGCUCCUUCAGCUGCUGGUUUGUAAGAGCUCACCUGUAAACUGUUAUCCCGAAGUUCAGCCCCUUCAACUGUGUCCUGACAGUUCUGAGCUUCUCCUUUAAGCUGUACUCAUACCUGUUGGCAACACUUUGGGUUUGUACAGGUCCACAGUGCAGCAGCUGUUGUGCCAGGGCCUGUCCCUCCUCCCCUUCCUGCAGUGGUAAGUGGGGGUGUGGAAGGGGCUGCUCUGGGCACAGCUCCUGCUCCAGCCCUGUGCCCUUUGACACUGGGGGCUCCUUACAGCUUUCUGAGCUUCUGCCCUUGAAGGUGUCUGGGCUCUGUACAGCCCUUCAGUCCCACUCCUCACAGCCCCUCUGUGCUCCUGCUGCCUCUGCAGGGAAGGGACCCCCACCACAGCUCCUGCUGCAGCACACAGUGUCCUGCAGGAACCCUGCUUACUCCCUUACUGCUACAGCUGCCUCUCUCCUGGCAGAGGAGGAGCUGGCCCUCUUCAUCCUCAGCCCUGCUGCCCCCAGGGAGGCCCCAGCCCUUGCUCUUGGCCUCAGCCUGGUCCUGUCCUGUGGUGCCAGGGCAGCUCCUGGGUGGGAGCAGUGGGGACCCCAGAGCUGAGCCCCCACCCCAGAAUUAAUGUCUCUGUAAAUAGAUUCGUAGCUGGCUCCAGGAUUUCCUCCUUCAGAUGUUGCUAACCACGUUCUUAAAGAACAGGGGAUGGUUUUGUGUAGCCUUUGUACAGUGGCUUCUAGAGCUCUGGGCUUAGUGAGUGACUCCAGGAGAGCUGGAGUGAGGGGCAGCCUCUGCCUUACCCUGCUCCUGCCUCAGCCCUCUGUGUGCUGUAGGGAAGCGGCACUGGGGGAUGCUGGGACGUCCUUUACCUACUGGCCCCUCGUCCUUGGGCUGUGGAGAGAGAGAUUCUGUUAAAGCCAUUGCACAAAUGCUCUCAGCUCUUCAGCCUUUUUACUGUAAGUGGUUUUGCCUCUGCAGCUUUGGGGUGAAGGUGGGGUGCAGGGCAGCUGGCCUGGGCACAGCAGCCCCUGAGCUGAGCAAUCUCCAGCACCCCAUCACCAGUGACAGCACAGCAGAGCUGAUGCAGGUCUUACACAUGGAGGUGGUUUUGUCCACUGCAGAAAAGCUGGAGGGGAGGCUGCAACCAAGGCAGCUGCUCCUGUAUUCACCCCCAGAAGGUUGUGUCCCUCCUGCAGGACAUCCCCUGGGCAAAGACCCCAACCUCCAUCUUACCUUAGAGCAAAGGGCAGGGGGAAGCUUCCAGUCUUCAUGGAGUCGUUUCCUUUCAUGGACAAGUGCAGCAACAUUCUCUGUUCUGUACAAUCAUUCCCUCCCCCUUUAUACUUAUGCACCAAGAAGCUUGAGCUGCAGUUCAGUGUAUGGUUAAUGUCUGCAACAUGUACUUGGGUUUUUUUUAAAUGUAACACAAUAAAUUAGAAGAUAUUUCAUAUUUA